AUGACCUCUGGACUUCAUCCAUGGCCCUUUCUGGUGCUGCUCCUCCUUCUCCCUGGCUCUGAGGAGACCUGCCCUUCUGUGUGCCUCUGUAUAGCUGACACAGUGAGCUGUGGAUCCACUGGUCUGACCAAACUACCUCUCUCUUUGCCCUCCUCCGCCAUCAUGCUGGACCUCAGCUACAACCACCUGUCCAGGCUAGAACCUGGUCUCUUCGACAGGAUGCCCCGGCUGGAAACCCUGCGGGUAGCUCACAAUCACCUCACAACCUUGAGUCAAGGUGUCUUUCACAAUGCCUCCAGCCUCAGACACCUCGACCUGUCCUCCAACAAGCUACAAGUGGUGGAACAGCAUUACUUUCAGGGACUGUGGAGGCUGGAGGAACUUCUCCUCUUCAACAACAGGAUCAUACAGGUGGUGGGGGGCUCGCUGAAUGGCUUGAGCAGCUUAAAAAAGGCCUACUUCAGCCUCAACCAGAUCACAGACUUCCCAUUUUUCUCCAUCCAAGAUCACACCCAUCCCUUUCUUACCAUGCUGGACCUCUCAUCCAAUCGUAUGACCACCUUGCCAUGGGAGGAUGUGAAGGCUCUGCCAGGGUUGGUGCAGCGAGGACUGUUUCUACACAACAACUCCCUGAUCUGUGAUUGUUCCAUGUACAGCAUGUUCUGGCACUGGAAAAUGAGGGACUAUGACUCAUUGAAGGAUUUUAUGGAUGAGCACACCUGCUCGAUCUUUGGUGACUCCCGCGUUACCAUCCAGUUCCUCCAGCACAACCGUUUUUUCCAAAACUGCACUGUGGUAAAACCAGCCGCGCUGCCUGUGACUGUCCUCCUAUCCAGCGUAGUGGUCUCUGAGGGAGAAAGUGUGCAUCUAGACUGUCAAACCUCUCUCAGCGGGACAGAUCUUUCAUUUAUGUGGCACUCACCCAGCCUGGGGUACAUCACCCUGACCAGCAUUAAUGAGAGUCUAAUUACCCUCUUUUCUAAUGGCACCUUAGAGAUCUCUGCAGCCAAGGUCAAUGACUCAGGCCUGUAUGUGUGCACGGCAGUGGAUUUUAAGCAGAUGCUGAAUGCCACCCGGGAGGUGAAUGUAACUGUGGUCCAGCCCGUGGCAGACUCAUUCAACACCGGCUACACAACAUUGCUGGGCUGUGCCGUGACAUUGGUCCUGAUCCUCAUGUACCUCUACCUGACUCCAUGUCAGUGUGGCUGCUGUAAACAGCCCAAACCUCCAGUCAUCCCUGUCUCCACCUACGAUCCAAGCACUUUUUCUUCCAUUUUCUCCCCCACUGUCGGCAACAGAGACCGGCCAAAGAUUCAAAGCAACAAGCAAGUAGCGUUCAUGGAGCCAGUGAGAGGAGCAGAAUGGAUGCCUGAAAGCUGACACGGAUCAGUUCUCUUUGCAAUGGGGAUGGGAGACCCCUGAGUUAACUGAAACUCCCUAUUCAGGAACUUGCAGCAAAACAUAAAAGAGCCCUUAUCAGCCACAAAAAUCAGU